AUGCCGGAUACAGGUAUGGAAAUGUACAGUAAUCCUCGAGGUUACUGUAGUUUUGGCGUUUUUUUGCUGGACUAACUUUUUUAGUUUGUUAGGCAUGGUUUUCAGAGAAUAACGAUAAUUGAAAACAUUGGAUUAAAACAUUUUUUGUUAAAUUGUUCUGAAGUUAUGAAAGCUCUGAAAAUUCACAAAAAUUAUGUAUUCUUUUGAAAAAACUUCCUAGUCACCUGAUAUUUUCUUCUUUACCCCCGGAAGCCUGACAUGACACGAACAUGUGUUGACAUGAAGAUUUUCGAGGUUUUUCAUUGACGAUUUCUGAUUUUUGAUCUUCAGCAGCUUCAAAAAGACAAUUGUUUUGAAAUCAAAAAUUUUCGAGUAAAACUGUUUCACCGAUCACCUUAAUGAUUUUUCCGUUUUCCCUACUAACCUUUUCAUUUACGAAAAAUCAUUCUAAUCCAUUUUUCCCUGGCUUCAGUAAUCGUGGUAACCAUGAAGAAACGACCUACUACUACCACUACUACAUCAGAAAAAUCGAAAAAAUCAUCAAAUUCAGGAUAUGAUCGCGCCGAUGGCACGUCUUCUGAAGAAGAAGAGUCGGACGGAGAGGUGGAAUUUCUUUUUUGCUAAUUCUUAUGCUCUAAAAAUUGUUUUCCAGGUCGUCGUAGCCACUCGCAGAAAGUCGUUCGGAAUCCGUGUGGCUCAAAGUCCCCAACAGGCUCAACAGCAGGUUUUGAGCCAAAUUGGAAAUUUGGCCAAUCAGAGACAAGGUUAGAUUUUUUUUAAAGAACUGGGGCUUUCUAUGAAAAUGUCUGAAAAACCUGAUAAUCUUUCUUUGCAGCCAAUGAAGUUGUGGUCCAACAAACGGAGCAGCACGAGAAGACUGAAGCCGAGAAGCGAGCUUUGGAGCAACAUCAGAAGCUGCUCGAGGCCCAACAGAUCGCCAAGGCUCAACAAGCCGCUGCUCUUCAGGCCGCCGCCGCUCGGGUGGCCCAAGCUCAAGGUCAAGCUCAGGCUCAACCCCAAUCGAUCGAUCAGGCCAAAGCUCAACAGGAGGCUGCUCUCCGGGCUGCCCAAGAACAGGCCAAGAAGGCCCAACAAGAGGCCCUGGCUCGGGCUCAGGCCGCUCAACAAGAAGCUGUCGCAAGAGCUAAGGCUGCUCAAGAAGCCCAGCAGAAGGCCCAGCAAGAGGCUUUGGCGCGGGCCCAGGAAGCCCAGAAGAAGGCCCAAGCUGAGGCGGCGGAGAAGGCCAAAGCUCAGGCCGAUGCGCAGAAGAAGGCUUUGGAAGACGCUCAGGCCCGGGCCGCGCAGGCUCAACAAGCGGCUCUGCAGAAGGCUCAGCAGGCUCAGGCUCAAGCUCAGGCGCAAGCCCUACAAAAGGCCCAACAGGCCCAGCAGGCUCAGGCUCAAGCUCAGGCGCAAGCUCUACAAAAGGCCCAACAGGCCCAGCAGCAAGCCCAAGCUCAGACUCAACAGGCGGCUCUACAAAAAGCUCAGCAAGCUCAGGCUCAAGCUCAGGCCCAAGCCCAACAGAAGGCUCAACAAGCUCAGGCUCAAGCUCAGGCUCAGGCCCAACAGAAGGCUCAGCAAGCUCAGGCACAAGCUCAGGCCCAGGCCAAAGCCCAAGCCCAACAAAGACCUCAAGCUCAACCUCAACAAGUCCAAAACGCUCCAAAAGCUGUUCAACAAGUCCAGAAUGGUCCUGGAACACAAAAAGUUACCGGUGCCCCAGCCCAGAAUCAACAAAAAGCAGCUCCGCAAAAGGCAGAUCUCACCGGAGCACCACAAAAAGGAGCACUGGCUCAGGUUCAACCGGCACAGCAGGAAAUUCAAGGUAAGGUUCUCAUGCGAAACGAGUACUACGCAAUACGUUUUUUUAGCCGCCGCGGGACCAAAAUGGAGCCGUACUCCCGGAAAAGUGCAGACUCAAGGACCCCAACCGGAACAAGCGAAACAAGUGACCGCAGUGGCACCGCCACAGGGAAAAACCGCUUUGAGACAGACCGCUCAGGUAUGAGACGAAAAAUAAGAGAAAAGUAUCAUUCUUUGGCCUAAAGUUACUUUGUAAAUAUAGUUUAUUUUCGAAGCCAACACAAUAUCUAUCUUCUUUCCACUUUUCACACUUAUCCGAGCCCUCGGAGCGUUUCUCUGAGAGCCGGGGCUCGCGGAGCACAUGUGUUCUCUUCUCCGUUCGCUUAUUGCCCGAUUCUCAUACCCAAUUCCCUUUUUAUUACGAUUCUUUGCAUAACCAAUUCGCAUUUUAUUACGAUUCCUUGUCACUUUCUGCGGAAGUUUUAAACAAGUUGUUGUUGCUGCUUGCGAAAAACUUCCAGAAAAAUAGAGAUUUUUCGUUUACAAUCAUUUUCAGGUCCAAGAACAAGAAUUGGCCAACGAGAAAGGAAACGUCAUGUCUUCAGUUGUGGCCCGAAAACCACAGAUUCAGGCCGAUCAUUUGGUUGAGCGAUUUGUAGAAAAACCCGAAGAACAAAGAGAGAAAUUGGUGAGCGCAGCGCCCAAAACCUGUAGUUUGUAGUGUAUGCAGCCCUAAAUAGACUAAAGAAGCUCCCAAAAAGAAUAGUUUGUAGCGUAAGCAGUUCCUAAAAUCGCGAGAGCAGCGCCCAAAACUUGUUGUUUGUAGUCUAAGCCGCCCUAAAUUAACAAGAGCAGCGCUCAAAAAGUGUAGUUUGUAGCGUCAGCAGCACCUAAAUUCAAAAGAGCAGCACCCAAAAUGCUUUAUAAAGACAACCAAAACUCAAUGAUCUCGAGGGGAAAUAAUCGGAAGGCGGAAAAAGUGUUCUGAUGUGAUGCGCGAGUGAGUAAUCAAUAGAAAAAGUGUCAAGAAGGUUUGCUCACUGGGCUCCCCUGCUCACAGAGCUUCUCCUCGAUAGCUCUGCAAACAUCCACAGAUUUUAGCCCCCUCCCCAUCCGAGAUCUCUACAAUAUUUCCCAUUUUCACUUUCGAGCGAAAGAUAUGAUGUGUUCGUAUUUUUUGUUGGAAAACAGUUUGACUCAAUCUAUAGAUAUUGUAGGCGGUACAAAAGGGACAGCAGUUGGAAGGAGCGAAACGGUGGGUGACUGACUCGCAACUCAGAGAGCAGCCCAACGACAUGCAAGGACAAGUCGAACGAGGUCCCAAGGCCACUAUUCUUCAGGUUUGUACCCUUUCGCUUACUGAGAACUCCUUUGGUACCUAAAAAGUAUUCUUCAAUGAAACAGACUUUCAAUUUGAAAAAAAAUUGCUUACAAUACUCGAAAACCCACGCAUUUUCCCGAAAUUUGAGCCAGGGAAAUUCCCACGGGAUGGAAAAUUUUUCUAAUGAAAGAAUGCUCUUUUUUCAUCACUUUUUUCAUUUCAACUUGUGCAUUGCUCACCAACAUUUUGCAACAAUCUGAAAUUGUUCACUGAGCUCAGAAGGUUCCCAAGACUAAUAAAAUUAUUUUCCAGAGAAUUUUAGGCGAAUCCAAUUUGCUACCCAUGUUUUUCAUUAGUCGCCGCGGUCCUUGGUCUUUUUCAAAUAGUUUCAAUUCCAAUUAGUAAGAAAAUAAUCCCAAACCCUCCAAAUUGCGUCACCACACAAAAUUUCGAGCAAACUUCCGGUGCUCUCUGAGCUCCCACUGCCUUCCAGAUCAACGCACAUUCACACUUUUUUGUGAACAAAUAUUGCAGUCUUCCAAGAAAGUAUUCGAGGUUUUUCGAAAGGUUACUCGCCCAAGUUCAUACGAAAAUCUUUUGGAUGUGACAAAUGUUUCCUCGAGCUUUUCACACUAAUUGCUGCCGGAUUUGCCGGCUUCGAGCUCCUGAUUUUACACUAUUUUGUGUGCCGGACAACAUUUGGCACGGACAAAGAAAAGAAAAGUGGAGUGGAGGAGUGAGGAGCCGGCAAUUGCUCCGCCGAUAAACAAUUCAGUUGAUACAAUCGUCGGUGAUAUAAUUUUUUGGAUUGACGUGUUUACUCUUUUCGCUGUAAACCUACUCAUUUUCUCAAGGGAUACAAUUAGAGACUUUGCUUUUAGAAUUCUAUAAAAUCAGAAUCACUUUUGCUUUCGGGUUUAUAGUUCGAUCAUUCGAGCGCUGGAGCAUUUCACGUUAGGUCGAAAAUUUUUGCAAAACGUUUUCUAUUUAAGUUUUCCGUUUCCCACACGAGCUUACUCCCCCUAGUAAAGUUCUCCAAAUCUCUGGUUCAUUAAAGAAAACAAAAUUGGUUAAAAACAUGGAAUACAUAUUUCUUCCAAAAACGCACGAACUGGGAUUAGCGCCACGUCACGCCACUUUUUGUGUGAUUAUCAUUUCCCAAUUUGUUUCUGACCCAUUCGGAGGGAUUUGUGUGCUCGCUGGGGGUGUAAUCCACGUGUAUUAGUCUGAAAUGUAUUGCUACAGAACUCAUUUGAACACAAAAUUAUAACAACUUGUUACGAAAGUUGACCUUUCCAAGUCAACGGAGCAGUGUAUGACUCAAAAAGUGUGACUUCGCGGCGUUUUGUAUCUUGUAUUCUCGAACAAAUUUUAUACGAGCAUACAAUAUUUGCUCACUUUUGUAUGUUACCUUACACGUCGUCGUCAGAGUGCUCAUCAGAAGUCCUAAAACAUGUCCCUCUUUUCCACCUCCAAAUUUUUUUGUCGGUGCGGUUCCGCUCAUGAAUAGCACUUGAAAUUGCAUAGGACACCGAUUCGUGGGGAUUGGCUUAAAAUGCUUUUCUUUGAAGUGACCGGAAAUUGGAAAAGAUUGCCUAUGGCUUUUUUAGCCUAGAACCGAACCUCGUGAUAUCGCAAUAAUGUUUACGAAAAUAUAUUGUUUCAACUCGAAAUUUGCUCACUAUCAUAACGUCACUAAAAAAUUCAUCUCCGCAUCUUUUUUCCCUUCGCUCCUUCCAAAAGCUUCAAGAAAUUGAAAUUGAGUUUAUUUCACACCCUUUUUUUGUUUGCGGAAGAUGCAACCAGCCAGUUGUUUUCUCAAUUCUCCCCCUUCUUCCCUUCCAAUUUUCCAUCCAUUUUACACUUCUUGCCCGUUCAAAGCUCAGAAAAUAGUGUGGCAGAAUGAGAGAGAAAUAGAAAGGACACUGAGGGGAAAUGGGGGCGGCAGAAGGGAGCAAAAGCUUCUGGCUCACUGCAGAAAACAAUGGGAUCCGCUUGAUCGGCUCGAGUACCAAUCUUCUUUUCAAUUAUUUUCCAGAAAAUUUCAAGACUCCUAUUAUUUGCCCCACUUUUGUUUCUUUCCAAUUUUUUUUGGCUCCAGAGAUACAGUACAUGAUUGUACUACUGUUUUCAGAAAGUACUUUGUGCGAGAUUCAGAAGAUGCAAAAGAUUCCUUUGACUCUCCUUUUCCGCUCCAAAUUUUUCAAUUUCCGUGUUCCAAUUUCAUGACCAAUAUCUCUUGUUUUUCAUUUUUUUCCCCUUGAUGAUUAUAGAGAAAAAACAGGGGAAAAUUGGGGUGGAAAGUGCCAAUUUUCCAAUAAUUUCCUGGAAAUUGUUCAUCUGAAUAAUAUUUUUUCAAACAACCAGAAAUCAUAGAACCUUUCGUACUUGUAGGAGUUUGCCGCCCUUCUCACCCUCAUUUCAAAUUUAUGACUUUUUUUCCCGUAUUUUUCCCACCUCCUUGGUCCCAUUGACCUUCUAAAUUUCUAUUAGUCUGCUCUGCCCUAUGACGUGGUAAAUAAGUUUUUCCAGAAAAAGUCUUCCCCCCCCCUAAAAGCCUUCCUAUACGCUUGUUUUCUUAUUUUCCCUGCCCUCGAGCUAUUUGCUAGGAUUUUUCGCUUCCUUUUACUCGUUCUUUUAGCGCACAAGUCUUUUAAACGAAAAAAAAUUAGGCAGCAAAAUGUUGGCUCAUCAACAGGCUCCCUACUUGAAUACGACCGAUUUCAAUGGGAAAUCACUCAAACCAAUGGUAAAUGGGGGCUUUUGAAAGUUUCAAGACUAUUAGGCGAAAAUUCAUGUGUAAAAAUCAAAUUGCAGGACGAUGCGUGCUGGCAAACUCAACGUCGUGUUCCAGUUGAGAUUCAGCAGCCACAAGUGGGCAAAAUUCAGAUUCCGGAGCUGAGCGAGAAGGAGAUUCAGGUAAGCGAUGAUUUCUGUUUGAAACUGAAACUGUUGUGUGAAUUGUAGAUCACAAAUUGUAGAUCAAAAACUCGUUUGCAGCGCACAAUUGUCGCCCAGCCAGCCUCGUACCACAAAGUCGCGUGGAACGAGUUUCCGGAAGAGGCCAAACUCGAACUUUCGGCGGCCCCGAAGACCAAAACUCAGGACUGGGUGCCAGUGAACAACGAGCAGAACGAGCUGCAACGGAGCAUCUACAAACCGGCCCGCAUGUCGGCCGUCUGGCCACCUCCACAGGACGAACUGGUCAAGGAAGGGUAGGGAUACUGUAGUCGGCGGAUGGGUUACUGUAGUUGUGAAUGAUUGCAGACAGGCUCCACUGGUCGUCAAAGCCAACGAGGAUACUGCUUGGAUCCAGCAGGUAGGAGAGAACAUGUUCGGAACGUGUUUUAGGACAGACACCUGUUUUGAAACAUUCUUCUGUUCCAAAGCUGUUGUGAAACUUGUCUUACAAUACCAAAAACAUGAUAUUUGCCCUCAAACCUGUUUCCAGACAUAAAUCCAAUUUUGCAGGACCAAAACGGAGUGCUGAAACAGGCGGUCUGGGGCAAGACGUCGCGCAUCAACCGUGUGUGGCCGCCACCGGAAAACGAGUCGGCUCUCAGCGACUUUGGUAAUGAUUUUGAGAAUCCCAUAAUAUCCCAUCACAUUCCUGUAGCAUGAUACCCGUCCAGCACAUUUCCUUUCUCCCCUCCCCCCACCAAUUGUCCCUCUGUCACCCAGAACCCAGAACAGUUUUUGAUAAGAAAAACGUCACAAAAAAGCGUACUAACCCGUCGUGUCCCGUUUUUAGGACCGCAGCACAUGCCUGUCGUGCAGUGGCCGCCACCGGAAUCCGAGAUUCACGAGCGUGAGCAGAUCGAGGUGCUUCAGAAGCACAUUCCGACGAAGAAGAUGGAGAGACAGUGGCCGCCGCCGCCCCCACAAUACCAAGGUGUGUCCGACCGUCGAGAGGAAGUGCGCUCCGAUAAGAAUUUUGGUGUGGGAAACAUUUUUCGGAACAGUUUUCAGACCAGAAGCAUAUUUUAGAGAGUGUACUUGUAGUUUUGAAAGAAGUUAUAAAUUGACAGCUGUAAUGGUGCUGCUUAAGGCUAUGGACUUCCUGGGCUUUCUGGGCGCUGCUCUCGUGCAUUUAGGGCUACUUAGACUACAAACUAUACUUUCUGGGCGCUGCUCUCAUGAAUUUUGUUUAUUAGAGUUCAAUAGUUGUUUUACCUUUAAAAAAAAUUGAGAUAUUAUUUGUUUUCAGUUGUCGAAUCCAACGGUGAAAUCGAGACCCGUUACAAUCCGGCUGAGGUACAGAAAUACUUUUAAAACUUGGAAAUCCUGAAAAAAGUAUUUUUACAGGUGAUCGAGCAACAAGCGGUGAAUAGCCUUCGCAUGGGACACAUUCAAGUCUAAAACCCUCUCGACUACUAUUUUCUUUUCCAUACUCACACACUUUUUCUCUCAUUUUGCCAAUGUAAUUGAUUUUAAUAAUUUUAGAAAUAAUCUAGACAACGAAACUAAUCUCUUAUCAGCUAAAAAUGUUUGCAAUUUGCAAAUUUGCAUUACCUUUUUCCAGGACGGUCAACAACAACAACAGGUCAUCCGCACGGUCAUCAGAUCCCAGUAA